UCCCUUGAGCGACAAGCCAAUGGCAAAGAAACGUCGAGACACAUCGACUAUGUAAACUCAACAGGUGAAGAUGCCGUUUUGACGGAGGUCUCCGACAACUGCGACGACCACCCAACCGAACGGGGUGUCUUCCACUACCACAAGCAGCCGUCCUUCUGUGUAUUCGACAUCGUGCCGGGACAGCCGUCCCCGCUGAUCGGUGUGGCGCAGGACAGGUUCCCCAUCUACGGCCCCAUCGACGAGAACGGCGUGGUGCUGACCUCGGCCGACCUGGACGAGUGCCACGGCCGGUUCGAGGACGGCCAGUACUGAUACCACACCACGGCCGACUUCCCGUACAUCAUGGGAUGCUUCAAAGGUGCGUAUCCUCUGGAAGACCACGGUGACAACACCGACGGCGAAGAUGGUGCAUUGAAUGAUCAGGCUAGUCUAGAAUCCACCAGUGUGGCUGUCAUUUUGGGCAUGAGUCUCCAUCGACUGAAUUUAAGUUAGGCCUAUAAGCCUUUCAUACUAAGCACAUUUUGUUACUUUUGAAGCUUCAAUCUCCUAGCAUUUUAGUUCAAAUAAAUAUUAAUUGGACAGGUAGCAAAUGCGACCGCACCGCGUGCAUUUCAUAAUCGUUCGUGAACUUUUGCCAGGAACACUGCGCCCUCUCUUGGUCCAGAUUGGGGCUCAUAAAACAUCAGAAUCUGACAGGAAUGCAGACAAAUUGAUGAAUACCGACCAGUUUGGACGUAAUACCUCUACAACCUGCCUUUCGAACGUGUGCUCGUAU